AUGAGUUCGUCAAAGUUAUUACCAUUGAAUUCUAGAGCUGCAACCACAGCGUUAAAACAGCCAAAAGAGAUUGCGAGUUUUUCCAGAACUUUUGAUGGGGAAUACGUCAAUGAUGAUUCAAGUUUAGGCUAUUAUUUCCUACCAGAUUCUGAUAUUGAAACAAAUAUUGAUUUAGGUGCUGGUUUCAAAAAAUUCAAAAAGUUUGAUGAAGCAAGAGAUGGGGAAUUUGAUGGAUUAUUAGGUGCUAUUAAGAAUUAUGAAGAAACAAACAAGACUAAAGUUAAAGCUCAUAUUAUCACUUGGAGAGGUAUAAUGACAAAAUUAUUAACACUACCGUAUAACUUGAAUGAUCCAUUAGAUUUCAAUGUUGUCUAUUUUGACGGUCACUUAUUUAUUCAAGAAGACAAAGCAUUGAAAACUGCACGUGAAACUAAACCAACUGAUGAACAUGCAAGAUUAAUGUAUUCAGGUUAUAAAUUUGAAAGUAUAGCAACUCUACCCAAACCAUUGGCCCAAGUAUCAAGAGCCACUAUUGAUAAAAAUCAUAAGAAGAUCGUAAGUAAUGCAGAACAAUAUUGUUCAAUUGUUAAAACUGGGAUUGGUAAACAAAGAAUCAUAAUUGGAGGUGAAGUUGAUUGUGUUUGGGAUUAUAAACCUGAAGAUUCAAAUCCAUUACCUCAUUAUGUUGAAUUGAAAACUUCAAAAGUUAUAAGUGAACCAAAACAUUCAAUUAUAUUCGAGAAAAAAUUAUUUAGAACUUGGGCUCAAUGUUUCCUAUUGGGGAUAAGUAAAGUUAUUUAUGGUUUUAGAGAUGAUAAUUUAAUUUUAAGAACUGUGGAACAAUAUAAAGUUGAUGAGAUCCCAGUAUUGAUAAAAAAUAAUCCUGUUAAUACAAACCCAAAGAGAAUCAAUUGUAUUGAUGCUUUGAAAUGGUAUGGUGCUGUUGUUGAAUGGAUAGUGGAAAAUGUUCCAAAAGAUGAAUCAAAAGCCUUCAGAAUAAGUUAUGAUAAUAAAAAUAAAUCAUUUGCAUUGAAUGAAUUACCUUCAGAUGUUUCAGAUAAUGUCCUAAGUACAAUGUUAACUGAAGAUUUCAAGAAUUGGAGACUACAAAAGAGAAAUGAGUAA